ACUAUUUAAUGUGUGGGCGCCAGGUUUAGACCGCACCAUUAUACUAAAAGUAUUUGCAUUGAACAGUUCGGCUUAGAUGAACAGAAUCGAAGGUUGGCAUUGAUUGGAAGAGGUGGAAGACGAAGGCCGGUGGCAAUGGCAUCUUCUGCCAAUGGACUAGAACUUCAAGAAAUGGCUGAGGAAUCUGGUCAGAAACCCAAACAACCUGAAACAAUAAAAACACAAAUUCAAGCGCCUGUGGCAUCGACAUCUUUUGAUAUAUCACUAUCUUCUGAGAGGAAUUUAGAAUCAUUGGCUGAAGAAGACAGUCAUAGAGACGAAGAAUCCCAACCUGAAAAAAUAGAAACACAAAUUCAACCGACUUCGGCAUCGAUAUUUUUUGAUGAUGUAUCACUAUCUUCUGAGAGGAAUUUAGAAUCAUUGGCUGAAGAAGACAGUCAUAGAGACGAAGAAUCCCAACCUCAAGCAUCAGAAAGACUAAUUCAACGGUAUUUUAAACCGACAUUUGUUUCGGAUAUACUCUCAAACAAACCUGCCGUAGACGGUUUUACCAACAAAAGUAAAAAAUCUGAUAAGAAAUGGAUAGAGGAAAACAUUAAACUAAGAAAUUCUAAAGAUGAGGAGCCAUCAAAACCCUGUAAUGCAUUUGGUGAAAUACAUUUUUGGGGAUAUUAUCAGGAAAAUGCAACGUUUGUUCGUGUGGAUCACCAAACCCCUAUGGAGAUUAUGAUGUGUUUGGUAAGAUCUACAUGGAAUAUUCGUUUACCAAGUUUGCUUAUUUCUGUGAUUGGGGGAAGAAAAGAGAUUCAGUUGAACCCACAUACUGAAGCUGUUGGGCGUGGUUUAUACAAAGCAGCAAGAACCAUAGAUGCUUGGAUCAUAACUGAAGGCUUACAUACUGGAGUUGCGAAAUAUAUUGGGGAAGUUAUGCAUAAUAAGGAAAAUAAAGUGGCUGCCAUGAAUGAAGUGACAACUCUUGGUAUUGCACCAUGGAACUGUGUACUGGAGAAAAAAUCCCUAGUGAAUAAGGAGGGAUCGUGGCCUGCAGACUAUUCCAUACAAACUAAUUCUAAAGAAGAAAAGUAUGCAUUGGAUCCUAAUCAUUCACAUUUUAUCCUUGUUGAUGAUGGUACCAAAGACAAUUUUGGAGAAAUAAUUGAAUUCAGAAAAAAGUUAGAACAUACUAUUUCACAAGAGAAAAUCCCAGAGCAAGAAAAUGUCAAGAUUCCAGCUGUUGUAGUACUGGUCGGAGGUGGACUUGAAACUAUGAAAUCAGUCUUGGAUUCAAUAUCACACAACAUCCCGGUUAUAACAGUAAAGGGAUGUGGUCCAGCAGCAGACUUUAUGGCAUUUGCUAACCAAACAGAAUUUGAAAAUGUAGACGAAGAUGAUGGGAAACUGAAAGCUGAUAUCAGAGAGAAAAUUAUUAAAGAAUAUGAAAACGAAUUGGAAGGAAAUGUGAUAGAUAACAUGAUUGACUAUGUGUUGGAGUUCCUAAAACGACCAAACUUGAUAACUGUUUAUGAUACAGACUCAGUUGAAGACUUUGAUCUAGCAAUUUUCAAGGCUGUGUUCAAAGCGCAGAAAAACAACUUAGAAAAUUUGAGGCUCGCAUUUGUGUGGGACAGAAGUUAUAUCGUAAAACGUCUAAUAUUUGAAGAGACUCAGCAGAAAGAAGAUGAUAUGGACACUUCAGAAGAAGCGAGAUCUGUCUAUGAGAAAAGAAUUAAUUCAUGUGAUGAAUUUGGUAUGGUAAAGUUUGAAAAAGGUGACCAGAAAAUUGCAAAGAUUGAUUACAUGAAUCACCAAACCCCAAUGGAAGCAAUAAUUCACUUGUUAAUGCAUCGAUGGUUGAUAUCCUCAUUGCCAAGCUUACUUAUUUCUGUGAUUGGAGGAAGGGAAGACGUCCAGUUGAAUCCAUUUACUAAACAAGCUCUUGGGCGUGGCUUGGUUAAUGCAGCAAGAGACAAUGAUGUCUGGAUCAUAAGUGAAGGUUUACAUACUGGAGUUGCGAAAUGUGUUGGGGAAGCUAUAAAUGACUAUACAUCUAGCAGUAACUGUCAUACUAUUGGUAUUGCAGAACGGAUCUAUGUAAAAGACAAGAAAUUGAGAAGAUCGCAGUUUGUAGAGAAUUCUAGAAGGGAUGGUCCUAACACAGAGCUGUAUGACUUGGAUCCUAAUCAUUCACAUUUUAUCCUUGUUGAUAAUGGUACUCCAUAUGAGUUCAGAAGAAUGUUUGAAGAUACUAUCGCAGAAAUGAAUAUUCCAGAGACAAAAGUCAAGAUUCCAGCUGUUGCAGUAAUGGUUGGAGGUGGACCUGGAACUCUGAAGUCAGUGUAUGAUUCAGUAUCACGCAACAUCCUAGUUGUAGUAGUAAAGGAUUCUGGUCGAGCAGCAGAUAUUAUGGCAGAUGCUUACCAAACAAAACUCGAAAAUUCAAAUGAAAAAGAUGAAGACAUAAAUGACAGGAAUCUGAAAACUGAUAUCAGAGAGAAAAUUAUUAAAGAAUUUGAAAAGGAAUUGAAAGGAAAAGGGAUAGAUAACUUGGUUGACUAUGUGUUGAUGUCCCUAAAACAACCAAACUUGCUGACUAUUUAUGAUAAAGAUUCAGAGAAAGAAUUUGAUCUAACAAUGUUCAAAGCUGUAUUCGAAGCAAAGAACAACAUAGAAAAUAUGAGGCUCGGAUUGGAAUGGAACAAACCUGAUGUUCUAAAACGUCUAAUAUUUAAAGGAGAAGCUCACUGGGAAGAUGUAAAGAAAUGGAUUCAGGAAAACAUAAAAUUGAGAAACCUUAGAGACGAAGAGGCAUCAAAUCCCUGUGAUGCAUUUGGUGAGGUAAAGUUUGUAGAACAUGAUCAGAAAAUUGCAAAGUUUGUUCGUGUGGAUCACCAAACCCCCAUGGAUAUUAUAAUUAAUUUGAUAAUAUAUCAAUGGGAUUUCUCAUUGCCAAACUUACUUAUUUCUGUGAUUGGUGGAAGAGAAGACGUCCAGUUGAAUGAACCUACUAAAGAAGCUCUUGGGCAUAGUUUAGUUAAAGCUGCAAGAACAACAGAUGCCUGGAUCAUAAGUGAAGGUUUACAUAGGGGAGCUGUGAAAUAUAUUGGGGAAGCUAUAUCUGAUAAUGAAAAUAAAGUGGCUGACAUGAAAACAGUGAAAAUCAUUGGUAUUGCACCGUGGAACUGUGUACAAAACAAAGAAUCCCUUGUGAAUAAGGAGGGAUUGUGGCCUGCAAACUAUUCUAAUGGAGGAGAGUAUGCCUUGGAUCCUAAUCAUACACAUUUUAUCCUUGUUGAUGAUGGUACCAGCGACACUUCUGGGGUAGAACUUGAAUUCAAAAAACAGUUAGAAGAUACUAUUUUACAAAUCAGAUAUAGGCAAAAAACCACGAUUCCAGCUGUUGUAGUAAUGGUUGGACAGGAACUUGAAACUCUGAAGUCAGCCUAUGAUUCACUAUCUCGCAACAUCCCUGUUAUAAUAGUAAAGGGUUCUGGUAAAGCAGCAGACAUUAUGGCAGAUGCUUAUGAAGCACUACUCAAGAAAGAUGAAGAGGGCAAAGACAUAACUGAACGCUUUUUUCCUAGAUCAAUACUAAAGCAACUGAAAGCUGAUAUUGAAAAAAAAUGGGGAGCAAAUGAUGUACAUGACUUGGUUGAUUGUGUGUUUGAUUCCAUGAGACAUCUAGAUUUGAUAACUGUAUGUAAUAUACAAUCACCAGAAGACUUUGAUGUCGCAAUCAUGAAAGCUGUGUUCAAAGGAAGAAAAGAAUUGAAAGAAGUCACGCUUACAUCGAAGAGAAAAAGAAUUGACAGUCUACUAAAUAACGUAUUUUCAGACAGAACUCAGUGGCAAUGUGGAAGAAGAAAGAAGAAUAAUGAAUCACUUGAUAUAUUUUGGCGAAAAAUUGAUAUAAAGAAAUGGAUGCAGGAAAACAUAAAAUUGAGAAACGCUACAGAUAAAGAGCUAUCAAAACCCUGUGAUGCAUUUGGUGAGGUAAAGUUUCCAGAAGAUGGUUGGAAUAUUGCAAAGUUUGUCCGUGUGGAUCACCAAAUCUCUAUGGAAAUUACAAUUAAUUUGAUAAAACGCCUAUGGUAUUCAUCAUUGCCAAACUUACUUAUUUCUGUGAUUGGAGAAAGACAAGACUUUCAGUUGGAUCCAUUUGCUAGAGAAGCUCUUGGGCGUGGUUUGGUUAAAGCUGCACAAAUCACAGGUGCCUGGAUCAUAAGUGAUGGCUUACAUACUGGAGUUGCAAAACAUAUUGGGAAGGCUAUACAUGAUAAUGAAGCUGCAAUGACUGGCAAGAAGAAAGUGGUAACAAUAGGUAUUGCAUCAUGGAACUGUGUACAAAACAAGGAAUCCCUUGUGAAUGAAGAGGUAAAUUUCUGUUUAAGUUAUUUUCCUUAUUUUUAAACUUCUAAGUAUAUUCUUGUUCUAUAUUAAUAUUA